AGAGCUAGCCGUCACUGUAAAACUCCUCACUCGUCUCACAGCCACCAAAGCGGCUCAGUUCGGUCGAGUUGGCGACUCCAACGCUGCUAAACAACACAACAGCCGCAAGAUGUCGACUGACAUGUACUCAGAAUCUCGCCGGGUCUGCCCUUCGAUCCACGGCAACAAGUUUGACACAGCGAACCGCAAGCGGGCGGUGGCGAACAUCUUCGAGAAAGUCAACCAGGACGCGCUCAUGAGACUCUUCCAGAAAACUGGGGACAUGAAAGCCGAGGAGAGAGUGAGAAGCAUCUUCUCCUUCACGCACGACCCCGAAGAGACAGCCAAAGCUCUGAUGGCCCUCAAGCAGAGGAAGAAAGACAAGUUCCUGCAGAUCGCCGGGAUGGUGCGACACUUUCUGAAGCUGCGUUGAGCGUUUUCACGCGAUGACCCGCGGCUGCGUGGUCGUUCGUUUCAGACUGCCGGUGACAUUUACAUCCUGGCGAUCACGGACAUGUCCAGAGUUGUCGAGAAGGAACACCGAGAUGACCGAAAGCCUCGUAAUUGACACGAGCCCUUUGAUACAAGACAUGAAGCUCGGGACGCACAGUAUCUGGAGCUGUGGAGGCGCUCAGUGUGAAGGAAUCCCGCGGCUCGCGCACGCGGAGACCCUAAUGCAUCACAACAUGAAGACGCGCGAAAAUGUUUCUCGUGAACUCUAUGCAUUUUAAAAAUGGACUUUAUCACGAACUACUGCACCUUAUAGGUGUAUUUGUUGGUGCACAAGAACUAUGACUGGAGACAGAAAUUAAAUUGCCUGAAAACUGCCUAAACAUAAUGCAUUGUCUCUGUGCCAGCUUAAUAUUGUGAUGUGUUUUAAUUAACACUCAUUGGCCACCUAUUUAUUUGUCACAAUGUUAUAACACCAGUUAUGCAUUUUUAACAAUAUUAUUUUUCAUUAUUUGUAUAAUAAAUUAUUAAUUAAA